AUGAAUAAAAUUACAAAUUGGGAUAAUGUUGUGUUUAUCGAUGAGACUUGGUUGAACUCAAACCACACAGUACCACAAUCAUGGACCGACGACACUAAAGCAUCCAGCUCGAAAGUGCCAAUGGGAAAAGGUGGUCGCCUCAUAAUUUGCCAUGCUGGAUCAGCCGGGGGAGGUUUCGUUAAUAAUGCUUUACUAGCAUUUGAAUCAAAAAGUACAAAAGAAUAUCACGAAGAAAUGGACGCAAACAAAUUUAAAGAGUGGUUUAAAACUUUACUUCAGAACCUCCCCGAACAAUGUACAAUAAUUAUGGACAAUGCAUCGUAUCAUUCGGUUCAAAUAGAUCGAGCGCCGACUCAGGCAAAUAAAAAGGCUGAUUUGGUGGCAUGGCUACAGAGGAAUGGUGUCGAAGCUGACAUGGAGCUAUUGAAAGUGGAAUUGUUAAGAUUAGUGCGAGAGCAUAGACCUACAAAACUUAGGUAUGAAAUUGAUGAAUUGGCACUUGAGCAUGGACAUAAAAUUAUAAGGACACCGCCGUACCACUGUCAAUACAAUGCUAUUGAGUUGAUUUGGGCUCAAAUUAAAGGCUACGCAGGACGUAAUAAUACUAAGCCACCGUUCUCCACAAAAAAAAUGAUGACUUUAUUAAAGGAAGCAUGUACUAAAGUAACAAAGGAAGACUGGAGAAAGGUGGUGGAAAAAACUAGAAAACUAAUAAAAGAAGAUUUUGACAGAGAUGUUAAUAUUGAUAAUUUAAUUGAAAACGAGUUCACGCUCGCGCCGCCGAAACGCCGCCGCCGCCACCGACACUUCUUCGUCGGCGCGCCGCCGCCAGUUGGUCUAUUCUCGGCGCUCAUAUAUAAGAUGGGCGUACGAUAG